CAUUAAGCGGGAAUGGGGGGUGACGGAGGACGGCAUGGCGCGGCUGGUCCAGUGUGGGUUUCAGCACCUGUAGAGUCAAACCCAUGUGGGGUGGCGGUUCAGUGCGAUUAAGGUUGCUGGCUCCAUGUUUCGGCCCAGAAUUUGCUCUCCGGCCGGCGGAUCCGUCCACAGGCCCAUGGAGGGAAACUAGCAACCCCUAGGCGUCCAUUGUGGUGAUAUAUAAAAAGAAAACUCCCGAAUAUUAAUCAUUGUAAAACGACGAAAUGAAAAUGGUGACGUUGUUUUUAAUAAUACGGCGACGAUGGGUUAGCGUCCUUUUCCCUGCGUAGAUGAUCAGUCUAGUUUAGCAAAUCAUUUUAUACGAGGGUAGGAAAUACAUAAAGCUAGAAAUGGGGCUCAGACGUUGCCUUCGUUGAAACUGUCAAACGGAUACAUUUUACCCGAAGGUAAACUGACGCCAAACACGCUCUUCGUCGGUGGGAUCGACAUGAAGGUGGAUGAAAAUGAAAUCAAAGAAUUCUUCGCAAGAUACGGCACCGUCAAGGAGGUGAAGAUCAUCACCUACCGUGGUGGCAUAUGCAAGGGGUACGGCUUUGUGUCCUUCAGUGAAGAUGUGGACAUCCAGACCAUUGUUGAACAACAGAUCAGUUUUAAAGGGAGGAAACUCAAGUUGGGCCCGGCGAUCAUGAAGGAACGGAGCACGCGUGAGUCUCCGCUCUGUUUGUCAUGCUGGGGUCCACCGACCCGGUUGCAUCUCCUGUAUGAACAAACCAACCGUUCUGGCCUCUACUAGACCAAACCAAUGUAC